UUGACUUACCGCACCGUGGGUGGGAAGAAGACCGGUUACGAAAGCACUAGCAGCGGCAACUGCAGGAUUGGUAACAACUCUGACUCAUACUCAAGCACCCGAUACGAUCAGAUCUGCAGGGGUUUCUUUCACACUUACAUAAACAAUCACAGCGGAAACGAUCACACCAACAAGGUCUCAUCUCAUAGACGGGAAGAGAAGAGUGAGCACAGAGAAUGUAAUAAAGAUAACUUCCCUUACUCAAUAGAGAGGAUUGCUACAACUGAUGAGUAUGCCGCUCAAUGUCAGAUAGACUUCUUUCAGUAA